CCUAUAAAAACCAGGGCUGCAGGUGAAGUCCUCUCAUCAACAGGAUCACUCAGCAAUCAUGAGGUCUCUGGUGUUUGUUCUGCUCAUUGGAGCUGCUUUUGCCUUGGAUGACGACAAGAUCGUCGGAGGGUAUGAGUGCCCRGAACACUCUGAGCCCCAUCAGGUGUCUCUGAAUGUUGGCUACCACUUCUGCGGUGGCUCUCUGGUCAAUGCAAACUGGGUUGUGUCUGCUGCUCACUGCUACCAAUCCCGCAUCGAGGUGCGUCUGGGAGAGCACCACAUCAAGGUCACCGAGGGAACCGAGCAGUUCAUAGACUCUGCCAAAGUCAUCCGCCAUCCUGAGUACAACUCCUACUACAUUGACAAUGAUGUCAUGCUGAUCAAGCUGAGCAAGCCCGCCACCCUCAACUCAUACGUUCAGCCUGUGGCUCUGCCCAGCAGCUGUGCUUCUGCUGGCACCAUGUGCAGAGUCUCCGGUUGGGGCAACACCAUGAGCUCCACUGCUAACAGGGACAAGUUGCAGUGUUUGGAUAUCCCCAUCAUUGCCGACGAGGACUGUGAAAAAUCCUAUCCUGGAAUGAUCUUCCCCUCUAUGUUCUGUGCCGGAUACCUGGAGGGAGGCAAAGACUCUUGCCAGGGUGACUCUGGUGGUCCUGUUGUGUGCAACGGUGAGCUGCAGGGUAUUGUGUCCUGGGGCUACGGAUGUGCUGAGAAGGACCACCCUGGUGUCUACGCCAAGGUCUGCAUGUUCAGUGACUGGCUGCAAAGCACCAUGGCCAAUAAYUAAACCUGAGCUUUCCUCAACCAUCCAACACUGCUGCAGUUCUUCUGUCAUUCCAACUAUUUGGAUAGUUUGUUCAGAACAAUGUGCUGCCAGGUUCACUCAAAUAAAUAACAUCUCAACAUCUAA